GGGUGGGCUAUGCUAUUUGGCCUUCACUCUCAAAUAUAUUGUUUCAUAUGCGUACGUUUUGUCCCCGUCACUCGCCAACGACAUGGAUUGACCUGCUUACAACGACUCGGGGUAUGCCGUGUUUUUGGUAGGCGAGAUCAACGCCAAGCUCGAGGCUCUCCCCAGCAACGUUCCCACCCAAUUGAUCGACCUAUUUUCUGCCGAUGCCACAUCACCACGAAGUUAUGCGAGCGACGUUGUCGAAGGCAUUUACUCCUCGGCGUACGGUCGCUUUAUUCAGACACCAAGUCGUCCCUCGUACGAGCCAUUGGGAGCAUCCGAACAACGUCCACGGCUACCACGGCCUCGGUCAACGCCCAAUACUGCUGGGUGGAUUUUGAUCGGUGAUAGGACUUUGCCCAUUCCCACGCGAGGGCUAAGCGGGGCUUGGCCAAAUACACCGACAAUGCUGCCACUUACAUCGAAACUUGCUCGUAAUACAAACUGGACGUUGUUUCUCGCGACCAACUACAACGAGUGGACUGUCAUCAUCGGAUUGGCGCUGAAAGAGUCAUUGGAAGCGGUCCAGUGAUUGCGAGAUCGCCCGUCGAACGCGACGACGAAGUACUGUACCUGGUGUUCCGCAAGCUGAUGCGACUCGAACUGCAGUAUCAUAACAGCGCCAACUUGAGUCGUCGGAAUCGAUCGAGUUUGAAAAUGCAACAACGGCAAACGGUGGCCGUCAAGUCGAAGCCGUUCGGGCGAGAGUCAUGGACGACUGUGGCCACGUAUUGGAACUUUCGAAAUGACUUGUGCUCUUUGGUUAUUCUGCCCUGAGCAUUGUGCGGGGUUAUGCCAAUCAUUUGGAACACUACGGGUACGACGUGUCCAUGUUUGACGCCGUCGGCAACGACAACAGCCACCUCGUCGAUCAAUAAGCUGUCUUUCACGACCAGAUCGGUCCGUUUGGUUCUGCGGACGUGCACUAUGUCCCCCCCACCUCCCUCAGGGGGGGUGUAUUCGGAACUCCAAGCCCUGUUGAAUGCAAAACUGUGAUCCAGCACUGUUGGCACCGUUCCUUGGGUUGGUGGUGGACCUGACGUUCAUUCCUCGCCCUCCACGCUUUCGGAUGGAUAACAACUUGUCGUACUAUGGAGGCAACGUGCUGUGUUUCGACAACCUACCGACAACCACUCGCGUGUUCUACAAGCCAGACCUGCCCGCAACCAAUGUAGCCAUGUCUCUGCUAGUGAGCGUGUACUACAUGGACGCUGCGUCCGCGGUACUCAACGGGCUGCUGGCCGUUCGUUGGGGCCACCGCACGUGGUAUGUGAUGGACAUCAAAUUGUGGGGCUGUUUCGCCAUGGCGCUAGAUGACAACUUUCCACAAUUGAUUUCGUACGCAAUCCCUCUCACAGAUUAA